CCCCGGCGGCUCCCCGGGCCGCGGCGGAGCUUCCUGGUUCCCAGAAGGUGCCGGAGCGACUGCAACAGGAACUGAGAGACGGGGGGGAGGAGGCGGUGCCGCCGCUCCGCUGCAGUCGCGGCCCGAGCCGGGGGAGCGGAGCGGAGCAACCAUGGGCCGCCGCCCGCCGCCGCAGCGCUGAGUCGCCCCCGUGGCCGAAGGCAGAGGGGCCGACGGUGCCCUCUCGCCGGGCGGGGCGCUUCUCCCUGCGGGGCGCUGCUGCAGCCGCCGCGGGCCCGCGAUGUGACCAUGGACAGCAGGGUCAAGGAAAAUCCGGAACGUACCUUUGAUUUGGUACUGAAAGUAAAAUGCCAAGCAUCUGAAAAUGAAGAUCCAGUGGUACUGUGGAAGUUCCCGGAGGACUUUGGAGACCAGGAAGUGCUGAACAGUGUUCCAAAGUUCUGCUUUCCUUUUGACGUUGAAAGGGUGUCUCAAAACCAAGUAGGACAGCAUUUUACCUUCGUGCUCACCGACAUUGAAAGUAAGCAAAGGUUUGGAUUUUGCCGUUUGACGUCAGGAGGCAAGGUCUGCCUCUGUAUUCUGAGUUACCUACCAUGGUUUGAGGUGUACUACAAGCUCCUAAAUACCCUGGCAGAUUAUUUGGCUAAAGAACAGGAAAAUGACUCAAAUGAUUUGUUAAAAUCAUUGUACAGCCAUCCUGUGCCAAAGGCGAACGCUUUAGUCAGUCUAAGUGUGAACCAAGAGAUGAUUUUUGCAAGUGAGCAAGUUUUGAAAAAACAGCCUUGUCUUGUAUCGCACUCGUAUUUCAUUACUCCUGAUAUAACUGGAUUGCCAACAAUCCCUGAAAGCAGAAACCUCACUGAAUAUUUUGUUGCUGUGGAUGUGAACAACAUGCUGCAACUUUAUGCCAGUAUGUUGCACGAGAGACGAAUCAUUAUUACCUCUAGCAAACUAAGCACUUUAACUGCUUGUGUUCAUGCGUCAGCUGCAUUGUUAUAUCCAAUGUAUUGGCAGCACAUUUACAUCCCAGUGCUUCCUCCACAUCUUCUGGACUACUGCUGUGCACCAAUGCCUUAUCUAAUUGGCGUCCACUUAAGCUUAAUAGAGAGAGUAAAAAAUAGAUCACUGGAGGAUGUGGUUUUGCUAAAUGUUGACACAAACACUCUAGAAACCCCUUUUAAUGACCUGAACAACCUACCUGGUGAAGUGGUCUCGGCCUUGAAAAAUAAACUGAAAAAGCAGUCUACAGCUACGGGUGAUGGAGUAGCCAAGGCCUUUCUUCGGGCACAAGCAGCACUCUUUGGAUCCUACAGAGAUGCACUCAGAUACAAACCAGGAGAGCCAAUAGCUUUCUGUGAGAAUAGUUUUGUGAAGCAUCGUUCCAGUACUACUAAGCAGUUCCUGGAAACUGCUGUUAAUCUUCAACUGUUUAAACAGUUUAUCGAUGGUCGGCUAUCAAAAUUAAAUGCAGGAAGAGGAUUCUCUGAUGUUUUUGAAGAAGAAAUCACAGCAGGAGGCUUUUGUGGAGGAAAUUCAAGAUCUUACCAACAGUGGAUGCAUACAGUGAAGAAGGGCGGUGCGCUCAUCAACACAGCAAUGACCAAAGCCACUCCGGCUGUGAAAACAGCAUAUAAAUUUGCAAAAAAUCAGGCAAGGCAAGGAAUAAAAGAAGUGAAGAGUAAGUUAAAACACAAGGAGAGUGAGGAAGAGUGUGGAAGCUGCAGUGCUGGGGCAGUGCAGACUGCUCCCCUCUACACAUUGCAUUGGGAGAAAAGAGCAAACUCAGAAAAACGAAGACUGGCACAGACUCGUUUCAACCAGCAUCUCAGUAACCAGGAUGUUGCCUUGGAUGAAGAAGAUGAUGAUGAAGUGGAGAGAACAAGCAAGUUAUCAUCAGAAGACAGUGAAGAAGCUUCUGCUUGCUUUUAUGAUAGUGAUGAUUCUGGUGACACUGGAAUAACUCCUCAGCAUCAAGGAGAAAUGGACUUACUUGGGGAGAUUUUAGACACACUGAGCACACACAGUUCAGAUCAAGGAAAGCUCUCAGGAGCGAAGAGUCUGGAUUUCUUUAGGUCAAUGGAUGACAUUGAUUACAAGACAACGAACAAGUCAAAUGCACCUAGUGAGAGCAACCUUGCCCUGCUCGGCAGCAGUGCUACUGACCAAGCAGAGUGGAACCUUGGUCAGGACGACAGUGUCCUCCAUGGGAAGCAGCUCCCUCCAUCGCCAAGGAAACAAGUUUCUUCUGGUGGCCAUAGAGAAUCUCUCUCAAGGCUGGAAGAGGAAAGUAGUGUCAAAACCUUUAUUACUGACAAGAUGGACAUGGCUAGUAUGACAUCCCCACCUCCAGUACGAUCAAGUGCCCAAUUUGCAUCUCUAGAAAGUUCUAAAGCAGGAUAUUCUUCCUCUAAGUAUGCAAAGCGGAAUGAAACACUAAGUAAUACCUCAGAAGAUCAUCUCCCAGCAAGUCCUGCUCAACAUCCAUCCAUUCUGGUCCCUUGGGAGAAAGAUAGGAAGAAAGGAAAUGAAACUCCAGAAGAGGGUGGGCUUCUCCAAGAAGUGGUGUCAUUGUGUAAAUUGAGUUCUGCUUUUCACUAUGGUUUAAAUAUUUCAAAAGAUAGCUUAUCCAGCAAUAGUGGGAAUAAAACGUAAGAAAACUAUGAGAGACGAGAAACUUGACUCCCAUCAGAAGUUAAAAGGGAGACUACUCAGGACUGCAUAUAACUCCAUGUAACAUGAUAACCAAAAGGUUGAGUGUGCAUUUUCUGCCAUUGGGACAUCUGCUUCUGUGUUUACCCAGUUCGUUUGUUGGCUGUAGUUAAGUCCACAAAAUGGAACUAAAUAUAUGAAUGCACUGUUAAAUCAGGUACUAGUUAGUCUUUGUGUUAAAAAUACAGCAGGUUGUAUGGUGCUUCCUCUAAGCAACAGGAAAGGUAUCACCUAACAGGUAACCAGGUUUUGAAGGUACUAUAUUAAUCCCAUUAAGCAUGAAAUGAACCAAGCAAUCUGGUUUGUCUGAAAUGUACAACUGUUAAUAUUUGUGAUGAAUAAUAAUUGCCUUAAUCUUUUGAGAAGAGGUUUAACUAUCUUAGAAGAUGAAUGCAAAUCUACAAAAUAAGCAAUAAUGAUUUUUCCAUGGCAAGAAUUCUCUUCAGCAAAGGGGGUAAAAGAAACUUUUUUUUAGAUUAAAGAAUUUCUUGUGAAUAUAACUUAGAACUUAUUCCAAACUAAAACUGUGGGCCUGUCUUCCAGACUUCAAAAAGGUAGUGCAUGCUUUCCUCUCUUCUGUAAAGUACAUGACGUGCUGAAUGAUAAUGUGGUGUUAAUUAACUUCUGUUUACAACUAAGACACUUUAAAGACAUACUGUCCAGUUUCCCUAGGUAGACUGUUUCACCUAAAAAUAUUCAGAAAGGAAAGUGUAAGAGGAAUUGGUAGAUUUUUAUUAUUUUUUAAAUUUUCUACAGUCAAAUAGUGUUUGAAAACUAAUUUGUGCCUCUUCUGAGCUAUUUUCUUUCCAUUUUUAGUAGCUACCUUCUUGAAGAUACAUUUGAGUUGCUAUUACUUAGAAGCCAUAUUUAGUGAAACUAUUCAAAAGUCACAACGGAAAAUUACUUGUAACACUAGAAAGCUAAAAUUACAGAUUCAGCAUGGGACUGCAAGUACUCAGCUCUCAUUUUAGCCAGGCUGAAUAGCCAAAAAUCUUUUUCUAAAUUCAGUGAAGGAAAAAUAAAUGGGCUUGUAUUUAGAACAAGCAUUUGUCCUCCUUCUGGAAGCAUUCCUGAGGAAUAUUUGGAUAUUUAAAGUUUGGAAGUUCUUGCUGAUACAUGAAGCUUUUUUUUUUUCCCCCUUUUUUUCCUGCACUUUUGUUUUUCCACCUCUCCACCUUACCAUACAUACGUUGUCCUCCACAGUAGCUCAGGACAGGAAAGGCAUGAAGUAAGUUUCAGCAGAUUAGAAUUGUCAGCUUAGAAGGAUAUUUGUGAAACAUUUGGCAAAAGUAACACAUAGGUAUAAAAUGAACUGUGCCUGAGAAGAUUGCUCUCAUACUCUUCUCAACUCAUGUGUUUCCUUCCUCCCUUCCUUCUUUUCUCUUCCUUCCUUCCCUUUCUUCCUUCUGCAUGAAUUUUUAGUCUUAAUCUUAGUAUAGGCCCAAGUGAGCACGUUCAUGAGCUCAGUAUGUGGAUCAGCUCUGUAAUAUCUUACUAGCAGUUUGUAGCAAAGUUUAGAAUCAGUUGCCACAUUGAGAUUUAUGAAUGAAUUUUCCUUCAAGCAAACACAGAUGGAAAAGGAGUAUUUUUGGCUGCUUUAUUACAAGGCAGCUGACCCAAGGGAAUGGAUCUGUGUCAUUACAGAGGCAAUGCUUGAUGCUUUACCAAAGAGAUGCAGCAGAGUGACACUCUGGCUUUCUUAAUGCAAAAGUUUCAGCUUCCUCCAGAAUCCGAAGGACUGGGACAGUACUUGUCAUUGAGGGUUAGCCUCUAGCAUGAUUUUUAUUUUAAUCAAUGCAAUGAAGGUAAAAGAUUGUAAAAGUGUAAAUCUUGCAGAAAUAUCUUUCUGAUCAGAACGUUCCUGAGAUCAUCUGCAAUCUGUAUUGCUGGAGAAUCUCAGUAUUCCAGUUAGAGGUUCUAUGUCCAGAGAUCUGUACUCCAAAGCAUUUAUGUAUCCUUCCUCUUGUGUAGCAUAAUGGUACGUUGGGGAUUUUUUAAAAUAGCAUAAAAAUAUAACUUGGCAAAACAUUUUGCACUAUGAGCAAUCAAAAGUAUCAUAAAAAUGAUUCAAAAUCUUUGCUCUAAACUGUCAGAGCAGGUGGCACAGGAGCUGUUCAGAUGAGAAAGCUGCCGACCAUCCUCAAGGGUACUUCUUUAGAGGUAGUACUAGUGACUUGGUAGAGGGCAUUUUCUCUUUUCCUGGUACUAAAAAUUAGCCAAAUGUAGUGCCAAGUUUGUCUAAGAGAAGAUAGAUAACACAGAUUUUUGUUCUUGUAUCAUUUCUCACUCGUUCUCAUUUGUGUCCAUGUACUUUGUUGACAGGAAUUUCAAGAUUCAUCUUUUCUUUUCCUCUGCAUCUGACAUGGUGUUUCUGUCCACACUUCCUUCUAAGAUGAUGUUUUGUUUUCUUCAUUUAUUGAAGAUAAUGAACAGUAUUAAUGGCUUAAGGAGAAAAAUAGAAAAAAAAAAGAUGAAAAUUAUAACCAUCAUUACUUUCCAAUUUCCAGGAAUGCUGCCAGAAAAUGGUUUUAAAAAAUGAAUCUCUGGUAGAAUAAAUCUUACUGGCUUUACGUAAGUUAGGCACUGAACUCCCGUUAUCACAUAGGUUGUCCCAUUCUCAGCUUUGUGGAAAAAAUAUGGAAGCCAUGUGAGGCUGCUAAUAGUUAUUCUAAGGGUCACAAAGUUUGAUAGUGGAAUCUUUCAAAAUUGAGGUAUUGUGUUAAAAAUUUACUGUUUCAUUGAGUGAAAAUGCAGACUGAAGAGACGCAAACAUGAACUAAAAGAUGGAAGGUAAAAUUCAGCUUAGAAUUAGUUUUAUUUCAGUCAAAAUGUUAGUUGCUGUGCUUAUGCCACACUGUUUCCUACUAUUUAUAAACCCCCUAGUGUUUACACUCACAAAAUAGUAUGUCUUUUGUAGUUCUGAACCUAACAUGGGUUCAAAAAUAACUCAGUCUUAUAUCAAUAUUGAAUUUAACUGUAGGUACUUUUUAAACUCUGUAAUAUUACAGAUUCUUUUCCACUUACUGUCAAUGAUCUUUUAAAAAGGCUAAUAUUUGUGCCUUAUUUAAACAGGAUUGCCAAUUACCAAAUAGACAAGAGUCCAAACUGAUAUUUCCAGUUCAUCACUGUUGUUCUCUGUCCUUGUGGUAAGAUGAAACUGUUUAUUGGCUACAGUAUACGGUAUUUCUAUUGCCACAUUGGGUCCUAUAUUAAGGUAAACUGUCCAGGUUAAAUACUUUUUACAAGUUUUAUACUUGUAUGCCUUUCAUUUUUGGAAAUCCUUCUAAUGUCUUUGAAAAUCAUCAACAUUCAUGACCAGCUACUGGUGAGAACUGAAUUCUGCUCAGCCAGAGCUCCUAUGGUCUUCUUCAGAGGCAUCUCUUCAGGAUCUCAAAAAUCUUCCCAUUUCUCCUGUUUAAGGAAGAUAACAUGUUAUUUGAUGAAGUAUUGUCACCACGUACUUACACAUAGGAACAAGUUUCUGACGUAGAAAGUCAAACUAGCACUUGAAUUCAAUAUCUUCGAGUUUGUUUUGCAUAAAUGUCUACCUGAAAUGACUGUAUCACUCAUCUGGUUUGGGAGGAAAAGAGGGCAGUAGAAAGAGAAAGAUAUUCCUGGGUUGUUCUGGUGGGGUGUGGUGAAGUGGAGCCUGGGAGCCCUCAGAAGGAAUGAUCAUUUAGAGGAAAUCCAGAUUUCAGGAUCUUGUUUAAUGUUCUAGCGCAGUUGUAGUGAUUCCAACCCAGCCACGUAGGCAAAAGUAAUAUUGCCUAUGUAACUAAUCCCGUGUGGGAUUUGCAGAAUGGAUGAAAUGUUGUCCCAGUCAAAGCCUUCCCAUCCACAUGUAUAGAGGUGCAACAUAAGAAAAACAGUGCAGGUAUUCAGGGAAGGACAGUCCUGUGGAUGCAAAGGUGAUCCCUACCUACCCUCUAUGCAUGCAGAGGGCAGUCUGUGUAGAGUAGGCAGUGGUUUGCUCUUCCAUGCCACGUAUUUGGGUGUCACGUAGCUCUGAAGAAAUAGAUUCUUUCUGAAGGAAAAAAAUGUAGUUGUAGAAGUUGUCAUAGAACUUGUUGACUGAACCCUUCAUCGUCAUUUAUCAUUUCAGUGAUACUGCUGCAGCUUGGAUGGGGUCAUCAGAAACUCUCAGCACUGGCUGAAGUUCCCUCUCAGGCAUUGUAACACAGACUUGAGCCAGAGUUUGAGACACAUGCUGGGUGCUUCUGAAACUCCCACCCAAUCUGUUAGAGGAGUGUGUUAGAUCUCAAAAAUCUCUUUAGGUGUCUUUUCUGAUUUUAGAAUGAGGUAGUUUGCAGCCUUGUGUUCUUGUAAAUGAUGUAAAGUCUAGGCAAAAUAACAGCUAAGUCAGGUUUUUAAAACAGCUUCAUUUUCUCCACCUACAAUCAAUCGUAUCCAGUCCUACAGAACAAUCUUUCAUUGGUGCAUCUGUCUAAUGGAAUUGUUAAGGAGUCUUUAUGCAUGUAGCUAAUUAAAGAAACAUUUCAUGCAAUAAUCAAAGUGCCAGCAUGAGGCCCUUUUGCAAAUGCACCCAGUGUAGUACUGACUGUAGUAGUACCCUGUCUGCAGAGAGGAGCCCCGUAACCACUGAGUUCCCUUUCUCUAUGGGGAGAAUUCAAUGGUCAUCUUCAUUUCCAAGGGAGUCAGCAUCUUCUCUCUUGGUCCCAGGCUCUAGCCCAGGUGCUGGGAGACUCCAGCUGCUGUCUUCCCAACAGCCUGAAACUUCAGGCUGAACAGAUGUGGCUAAUGAAAUUAAAUCUGAGGCAAGCAGCUUCCUUAUUGCAAAGCUCAAGUUGGUGAUGGCUGUCUGUUCCCACGGUAUCGUGGUAAAUCUUUGGGGAAUGAAUGUAGCAAUAAAUGCACCAGCAAAACCAGUAUGAAUGGCGAUGUGAUUUGUGUUCAGUAACUGCUGCUAUUAGAUGUGUAUGUCUUUGCCGAGAGCUGUUAACCUGUUACCAAAAUCCGGGGUGAGUGGAACAUGUCUUCAUCUUCACCCUAAGAGCAUGGACCACAGCUGGUCUGGAAUUCAUGAUCUUUCGGGGUGGUUGAAAAUAAAGGAAUGGAAUAGGGAUGGUAUGGGGUUAUUUGUGCAAAACCUUCCUUAAUUUGCUUUGUAAUGUCCAUUUUACAGUUUUAGUCAGUGGCCAGUUGAAAGUACUUGAUAGGUCUUUCCUGGAAGCUACUAAACUUCUUCUAAGUAGAGCUGCCUGAUGAGUCCAGAGCCACUUUAGUCUAGAGGGCCAUCCACCGUCCAUGUAGUUGGCAGGGCCAUUGCCAUUUUCUGCUAGGUUGGAGUAUGAAGCGGGUAACACAGUUGGAAGUUACUCCAAGCUUUACUGUAUUAAAGGGUACUCAAAAUUGUUACCAUUACUUAGGUCAAUACUAACAACAUUUGUAUUUAGAGUCCAGUAACAGUAUUAGCAUUCAAAAAAAUAAAUUGAGUUCAAAUAUGUUGAUGUUUGUUACAAUUCUGUGCAAAUUGACAUUCUUUUCCUGUUAAAAAUAAGUGAGCUACUUGGUUGGGGGGCAGGGGGGGAAUGUGUUGACUUGCAAAUCUGCAUUGAGUUCUGUGCAAUAUUUCUCCUUGUUUCAAAAUAAUUUAGUAGUGCACAUCUGCUUUUUGAGCAGAUUCUUAAAAUGGUAUUUUUCAAAGAUGUGUAAAAUUACUUGUAGCUUUGAAAUAUGGUUCUAUGAUAAAAACAUGAAGAAUAUAUUCUAAUGAGGCAAAUGUAUAUUUCCAAUGACUGGGGAUGAUUAUGGAUGUCACGUUCUAUGGAAAUAAUAAGGCCUAAGCCAAUGUUUGCAUAUCAGGACCUCAAGGUCAUUCUUAAAACUAGAACGCAGUUAAAUUGAGGUAAAGUUAAACAUUAGAAUUUAUGGUGUUCAGAUUAUCAUUAGAUCAUUUGUUUAUCAGUCAUGAAAAGAGGAAGAGUUAAGCAUUGCUUUUCAGUACCUCAGUGAAGUGAGAGCUCCUGGUGAUGACCAUGAGUAACAACAAUUUCAUUUGUGACAUCCCUAAUUAUCGUUAAGUCAUUACUUAAAAUACUUACUAAUGUUGCCAGUAUAAUUUUAAUUUUUUUGUAAAUUAAUUUCUUUGUAUAUUGAUGUACAUUUUGUUUAACCUUUAGUUUUCUCUCAAACUUCUUUAAAUUAAUAUACUUGAAUGAGGCAAUAAAGCACUGUGGAACAGCUGGUCUCGGUGCAGCUUACGCACAAUCACGUCUCUUACCUCAUGACUUUUGAGGAGGAAGAAAACUUUAAAAUGCUUACAUGUUUAGCCAAUUGACAAUUUGUGUUUGUUAUUUUUAGAUCUGUGCCAGACACGAUGAGAAAUGCCUCAACACGGAACAAAGCAACAUAAUGUAAACUAAUGCUUCUCAUUUUCUUUCGGGGUGUUUCUUUUUUAGUGACCUUUGGAAACUGUCCCUGUGACAAUAUCCUUGUUCUAUUUAUAGGAAAGGCAUGAAGGUUUUAUUAUUUUAAUAGUUUUGGAGAUCUGAAAAAAAAAAAACCAACCAGCAUUGUCCUAACAGUUUUAAAGGUUUAGUUAGUUACUGACCUUGAGUAAAACUAAAACUAAAUCUGUUUGCUCCAUACUUUUGCACCCUCUGGACUAGCAAAGUCAUCUCAAGAACUGUAAUUCAGACCUUAGACUACUGUCAGUAGUGCACUGUGUAGAUGUAGUAAAUGAGCUGUGAUGUGUGGUAUAUUCGGGGUUUUUCUUUUUCCUUCCAAGUCUGUGACGUCAGUAGUUUUUGGUGAACUCCACGUUACCAUAAAGUGCCCAACACUGUACUAUAAAAUAAAACUUAACAAUAUCAAAAUUC